AUGUCGGUAACUAAGGAAUACAACAUUAAGGGACACUAUGAAACGAAACACCAGGACAAUUACAAGGACCUGGACACGACUCAAAGGAGCCAGAAACUAGAGGAGAUGAAAAGAGGAAAUUGGACACACCUGCGGAACAUUAGGACUGCACAUUUGAAAGGAGCAACAAGAGGAGGAAGAAGAAAGAAGGGUCGACAGAGGGAAACAACAGGCUUUGACGGCAGGAGAGAGGGGAUGGCAGGAUUCGGCAGGUUUCGCCCGGUGCGGAGAAGAAUCAACAGGCUUUGCCAAGAGCGACCGAGUGAACUCACGCAGGCUGGGAAGGAACCUCCCGGACAACACAGCAGACCCCGCAGGCUACCGGAGCGAACCCCAAGAAACACACAAUACCCAGGGGCAGGUGUUGUAGAUCUGUGGGGACAUCAGACUGCCAUGGGCUGUGGCUUUGCGGGCUUGUGCGUCGUAGCUUGCUGUGUGGUUCUUGUGGACAGGGGGGCGAUUUGGACCCAGGGACCUGCGGUUACCCCUGAUAGCGACCAAGAGGCGGAGCGGAACGGGUGCGGCCACGUAGGUCCCGCCAGUGACCGAGACUGGCGAGGAGAGUGGGCGUAUCCCAACACUUUGACGUGGAUCUACAGCAAAGGCAAAGGAAACCCUGCCUUGUAUGAAGAUGCUGUGAAAGGGGGCGGAGCCAAGAUACGUACCCACACGCCUGUCGGCCCCUCGCCCAUGACAUUUGUACCAUCUGGUAUUUUAGUGUCAACAACGUGA